CCUAUAUAUUUUUAAAUUUUUUGGGGGCACUUCUAUAAUUUUGUAAAAUUUAGAAUGGUGAAAAAAUGUAAAAAAAAAAGUAUUUAUGUUCUUAUAUAUACAACCAACCGAUCAUAAUAUAUUGUACAUUUCUUAUUUCAUUCUAGCUAUGAAAAUGCAAAAAUAUAUUUGUCUACUACUUGUUUGUGCACUAGGUGUUCUCGCAAAACUAGAGUUUGGCUGUGGCAGCAUAGCUGGAGGCUAUUUGCAUGGAACUUGUAUCGAGAGCGAGAAACAAGCUUUAUUGGUCUUUAAGGAAACUCUGAUCCAUAACUCGAAUUACUUUUCUUCAUGGGUCGGAGAUGAUUGUUGUGCAUGGCAUGGGAUAGGCUGCGACAACAUAACCAAUCACGUCACACAGCUUGAACUUCGUAAUGGGAACAUUGGUGGUAAGAUACAUCCUUCCUUGCUUAAUUUGAAGUAUUUAACUCACUUGGAUUUGAGUUAUAAUAGUUUUGAUGGGAUCCAAAUUCCAGAAUUUUUCGGAUCCUUUAAAGACCUAAUAUACCUCAACCUUGGUCACUCCAAUUUUGAAGGUUCGGUUCCUCAUCAUCUAGGAAACCUCUCAAACUUGCAAUACCUUGACUUGAGUGAGGACUCAUUGGAUCCUAAAUUAAGGAUGGAUAGCAUAAGGUGGUUAUCCAAGCUUUCUUUCGCGGAACAUUUAGAUUUGUCUGGUGUAAAUCUCUCGCGUGCUACUGAUUGGUUUUCGUCUCUAAACAUGCUUUCUACAUCAAUAUCAGUACUUGGCCUAUCUAAAUGUGAUUUGCCUGACAAUAUCCCUCGUCGUCUCCCUUUCAUGAAUCUAACUUCUCUGGUUUCAUUUGAUCUUUCUGAGAACUAUCUUAGCUCUUCUUUCCCUUUAUGGGUUCUUAACAACACUAAUCUUGCACAUCUUUAUCUUGGUUAUUGCAAUUUUGAUGGCCUAAUACCUGAAUCUCUCAGAAGUUUGUCUGCUCUUUCUGUUCUUGAUCUUACAGUAAAUAGCUUCCAGGGUCCGAUUCCUCAUUCUAUUACAAAUCUGACAUCACUUUCUGAACUUUAUUUUACAGACAAUAAAUUAAGUGGUUCAAUUUCUCCUGAGAUGGGCAAUCUCACUGAGCUUACAGACCUCUCCAUGUGGUUAAAUAGUUUCAAGGGUAGUCUCCCCGAAACAUUUUGUCAAUUGAAAAAAUUAAAAUCAUUGAAUGUCGGAAAAAAUAGAUUGACUGGUAACAUUCCUGAAUGCAUCGGAAAACUAUCAAAUUUAAAUGAAUUAAUUCUUGUUGAAAAUUCAUGGGAGGGUUUUGUAACAGAGCAUCAUUUUAUUAACCUGACGAAGCUUGAUGUUUUAGGUAUUUCUUCGGAUUCUGAAUUGAUAUUAAAUACAAGCUCUGAAUGGGUUCCUCUGUUUCAGCUUACCUAUUUAUACAUGUAUUCCUUCAAAGUUGGCCCCAAAUUUCCGCAUUGGCUCCUCACUCAAAGAAAAAUUGAGGCUUUAAAACUGUUAAAUGCAAGCAUAUCAGAUACCAUCCCAAUUGAUUGGUUUUUGAGUUUGUUCUCAAAUAGUCCCAGUGUUGAUCUAUCUAACAAUGACAUCUAUGGGGAUCAAUUAUCUCUAAUUUCACGAGCUCCAAAUGGUUUAGCCGCGUUGAUACUUUCAAAUAACCGUUUAUCAGGUGAAUUUCCUGCAUUUUUAUGCAAUCAGACGACGUUGAGGACUUUAGCACUCUCCAACAAUAACUUCUCUGGAGAGCUCCCCCAAUGCUUAAGAAAUUUGACAGAACUGAUAGAACUUGAUCUAAUGAAUAAUAGCCUAUCUGGUAAAAUUCCGUCUUUGGGUUUUUUAGGGGAUCUCCAAUAUAUAAACUUGCACAACAACAAGUUUCAGGGGAAAUUCCCUUUGUCCUUCCAGAAUUUGACGUGGCUGUUUGUACUUGACGUGGGAAAGAAUAACCUAAGCGAUGUACUUCCCACUUGGUCCGCAGAGCAAUUACCAAAUCUCAAGUAUUUGAUAUUGCGGUCCAACAAUUUUUAUGGUGAAAUACCCCUGCAGCUUUGCCAACAAUCCACACUUGAAGUCUUAAACUUUGCAGACAACCAAAUCACGGGAAACAUUCCUGCUUGUUUCGGCAAUUUCAGUGCCAUGGUUACAGGUGACAUCAGUCCAAAUCACUUGGACUAUUGGGGAAGUGUUCAAAUGAUGGAUAGUAUGAAAGGAUACGAGCAAGUUUACACCUCCACACUGCAAUUUUUGUUUUCCAUUGAUUUAUCAAACAAUAAAAUCAGUGGAGAGAUUCCCAAAGAGGUGAUGGAUCUCCAAGGACUAUUGAAUUUGAAUUUGGCAGGAAGAAUUCCCUCUGGAAAUCAGCUUCAGACCCUUAACGAUCCCUCGAUAUUUGCUGGCAAUGAGCUACUCUGCGGCCUUCCUAUCCUGAAACCAUGCGCGACUAACACAAAUUCACAUAAUGUUAAAGACGGCCACAAUGAAGGUGAUACUGGUUCUGUUUCAGAUGAUGAGCUCAUGUGGUUUUUUGCUGCACUUGGACCUGGUUUCUCAGUUGGCCUUUUGGGAUUCUUUGCUGCUUUCCGUUUUUCAGAUAUUGGAAUUCAUACUUCAAUUUUGGUUAACAGGUUCUUGAGAAAAUAAAGGUUGUCACCAUUGCUUUGCACUUUUUCUUAUCAAUGUUCUGUUUCUUACUAUUUUCAAGUUUCUAAAGAUUUCUGAGGAAAUUUCUCUUGACUCUGUGCUGUCAUUUUACGGAAUAAACGUUUAAGAGGACCGACUGAGAGA